AUGGCCUUAAAGCACCUCGCCUCAAUAAGUACCAUCGCUCACUGUGCCUUGGGCAGCCUGCAAUUCCUCUCCAGGCCAGACCUAUCGCCACCGAAGUUGAACAUCACAGUACCAGCUUCACCUAAGACCGAGGCAGGUUAUCUAUUCUUUACAGCAGCUCGCGGAGAUAUUCCCAAUAGCACCGGUCCUGACCAACCUGGAGCCUAUAUUUUUUCGCGAAAAUGGAGAGCUGGUCUGGUCGGGGUAGGUUACUGGGCCGGAUGGGUGGCCGAUUUCAGCCCCAUUAUGAUGGACGGAAAGCCUGCCCUACGAGCAUUCCAGGGUGAUUUGAAUGCUAAUACUGGCCGGAUGCUCGGGAAUCAUGCACUCCUGGACAACUCAUAUCGGACUAUCAGUGUCAUCCACGCGGCGGCACAUCGGCUCAGUUCGGCGCAUGAAUUCGAGGUGGUCAACGAAAGUUCUGUUUUGAUCGAGACGCCUAUUAUGACUGUUGCUGACCUGAGCCGCUACGGUGGAAGUAAAGGCCAGAAGUUCUUGCUGGAAGGCGGCUUUCAAGAAAUGGAUUUGAAGACUGGUGAGCCGAUUUUUGAGUGGUCAUCAAAGGGAAGAAUAAGCCCGAUCUACAGCGCCACCCCAUUGGAUAAAAAAGGCAUACAUGAUGGCCGAACUUACGAUUCCGCAUGGAACUAUUUUCACAUCAACAGCAUUGAAAAAGAUUCCGAAGGAGAUUAUCUAAUUUCAGCAAGGCACUAUAACGCCAUAUUCAAGAUCAACGGCAGCAAUGGGGAUAUAAUCUGGCAGCUGGGUGGAAUGGAGGGGUCCACUUUCGAAAUUCCAUCAAACCUGGAAUUUGCCUUUCAACACGACGCUCGUUUUCAAUACAGAUCACCGGAUGGAGAUAUUGAGCGUAUAUCCUUCUUCGACAAUGCAGCGUAUUCUACACCGGGGCGAGAGAUAGCUCCCUGUUCAAGAGGCCGAUAUAUCGAGCUCAACAAUACAGCGAAGACAUUGAAAGAAAUACACACCUACCAUGCGCCUGAUAACCUGAUUGCGCAUACUCAGGGAAGUUUCAGAUUUCUACCGAAUGGUAAUAAGCUGGCUAGCUGGGGAAGCGCCGGUGCAAUUACUGAGUUUGCAGAUGACGGCACUGUUCUCUUCCACGCGUAUCUCGACUCAUACCCGAACAAAAAUGUCCAAAGCUAUCGCGGGUUUAAAGCAAAUUGGACAGCUUAUCCAAGUGAGGAGCCUGCAGUUCUAGCAUUGAGGUUUGGAGAAAAAGAUGCGAUUGUGUGGGUGUCGUGGAAUGGAGACACGGACACAAAGACCUGGAGAUUCUAUCUCAUCGAUCAAAACUCUGGAGAAAAUCGUUUAUUAGGUUCAAGUCAGCGAUCGGGUUUUGAGACACGGUUUGAAACAACCAUUUCUAUGGCCUUAUUUCAGAAACACGGAGAGCUGCUAGUUGUGGCCGAAGCACUAGAUCUCAAUCGCAAUUCGCUCCGGAAAAGUAGGCCCGUUGCCUUUACAGCAGAAGAAGCUUAUCAAGACAUUCUUGGAAUACAAAGAGCACAAGAGCGUAUAAAAUCAGACAUGGUCGCUAAGUUCCUGGAGCUAUGA